AUGUUUCCAGCUGUGUUGGCUGGUUUGCUUGGAGUUGGAGUUGGAGGGAUAGAGGUGGCUUAUGCAGAUACGGCGGAGAAGGAUAUUUCCAAGCCCUCUUCACCAGCUGAGUCUCCUGCAACUGAAAGUCAUGUGGACCUGGAUGAAAUUUCCAAGAAACAACGACAGAAAAUUGAAGACUUGCUCAGAAGUAAAGGAAUUCGACGUGUUUUACAUGUCUGGAAGUUUAAUACAUGCACACAUGCUAAGGUCUUUUCAUUAAGUAUGCAGUGUCCUCUUCAGAAAACUACUUGCCGGUUUGAUUCAAUCAUUACGUUCAACCUCCCUGAUCAGCAAAAUCGUAAGGAAAUAGCAGCUCAGUAUGCAAAGCACCUGACUGAAUCUGAAUUGGAUGAAUUGGCAACAGCAACAGAGGGAAUGUCUGGAAGGGAUAUUAGAGAUGUUUGUCAACAAGCUGAGCGGUCGUGGGCAUCAAAGAUAAUCCGAGGACAAAUAUCCAAAGAUGGAGGAGAGCAAGGCAGCAGUCUUCUUCCUCCUCUGCAGCAUUACUUAGACAGUGCUCUGAAUCGACUCAAGGCUCAUACUUUCUGGCGCAGCGUUACUUACCAGAAGGCAAUAGAAUACAAUAAUAUCGGCGGUGUAUGUUUGGUGACUGGCUGGCAGGCUAUUUUUGAGUUGGGGGCUUUUGAGCAUCAAUUUCAUUCCAAUGCAUAUGAAAUUCAGGUGCCCAACCCGAAUGGUUCUGGACGAAAUCUUAUGUUUCCAGCUGUGUUGGCUGGUUUGCUUGGAGUUGGAGGGAUAGAGGUGGCUUAUGCAGAUGCGGCGGAGGAGGAUAUUUCCAAGCCCUCUUCGCCAACUGAGUCUCCUGCAACUGAAAGUCAUGUGGACCUGGAGGAAAUUGCCAAGAAACAACGACAGAAAAUUGAAGACUUGCUGAAAAGUAAAGGAAUUCGACGUGGUUCUUAUCCCCAGUUUACUGUUGCUGUGAAGGGACAAAAGGUUUCCAUCAAGUUCCAAAUUCCUCCAGCAUGUGAAGCUUCACAACUGAUUGCAAAUAUUGCUUCGCAUCUUGGACUAAAGGUAGAAGAACAUGGUGGUGGUUCAGAUAUGUCGUUACGUGCUUGGGACAGUGGAGUUGCUUGGCAACUAAUGCUAACUCGCCCAGAAAAAAAGAAGGAAACUGGAAGUGAUAGAGGGGAAUUAAAAGAUGUGAAUAAACAUGAAGGAGAUCUGCGUAUCCUUGUAUUCCGCUCAGUAAUUACUCCCUCAGAUAAAGCUGACAUUGAAUUUAUGAAGGAGGGGAGCUUGAGUCCCAAAGAGCUUGAUGCUUUGGUGGCUGCUUUACAAUUAGCUGGGACAAAGUUAGGGCAAAACAGUACUUCGGAAAGAAGACCGAGAGAAGAUACCACACAAGUGCCAUCUUCAGAGAAAUUAAUAGCCAGUCUUGAGUCUAUGGGAGUGAGAAUUUAUGGAAUUAAUGAACCCCAUGUGAGUUCCUCUAGCAAAGAGAUUUCGUGGGACAAUAUUGCUGGAUAUGAUCAGCAAAAACGGGAUAUAGAAGACACUAUACUAUUGGCUCUGCUUAGUCCUAAAACAUAUGAUGAUAUUGCCCGUGGGACUCGUUGUAAAUUUGAGUCAAAUAGACCUCGAGCUGUACUGUUUGAAGGUCCACCAGGUACGGGAAAGACAUCUUCUGCUCGUGUCAUUGCUAAUCAAGCAGGCGUCCCAUUGCUAUAUGUGCCUCUUGAGGUUAUCUUGUCCAAGUACUAUGGUGAGAGUGAACGACUAUUAGGAAGAGUCUUUUCACUUGCAAAUCAACUCCCUGAUGGUGCUAUCAUUUUUCUGGAUGAGGUUGAUUCUUUUGCUAUUUCGCGUGAUAGUGACAUGCAUGAAGCUACACGGAGAGUCUUAUCAGUUUUACUGCGACAGAUUGAUGGAUUUGAACAAGAUAAGAAAGUGGUUGUAAUUGCUGCAACAAAUAGAAAGCAAGACCUCGAUCCGGCCAUGAUUAGCCGGUUUGAUUCAAUCAUUACGUUCGACCUCCCUGAUCAGCGAAAUCGUAAGGAAAUAGCAGCUCAGUAUGCAAAGCACCUGACUGAAUCUGAAUUGGAUGAAUUGGCAACAGCAACAGAGGGAAUGUCUGGAAGGGAUAUUAGAGAUGUGUGUCAACAAGCUGAGCGGUCGUGGGCAUCAAAGAUAAUCCGUGGACAAAUAUCCAAAGAUGGAGGAGAGCAAGGCAGCAUUCUUCUUCCGCCUCUGCAGCAUUACUUAGACAGUGCUCUGAAUCGACUCAAGGGUCUACUCACUUCCGCACAAGGAAAACCCCAAAGUUCUGAGUCUGGCACGAAGAAGCCCAAGCUUUUAGUUGAUUAA